AUGCGAGUACGAAUGGAGCAUUGGCAGCUGCUAUUAGAGCUUUGUGACAGGAACCCGGAAUUAAUAACAAACAAAAUUUAAUGGGCCUGAAGGAAAAGCUAAGGGACAUGCCCUUUGGAAAACAGUUACAUCCAAAUUGAACAGUUUGGGACACGGAGAAAAACCUAUGGAAGGCUGGCGAAAGGCACUUACAGAUUGGAAAUCGAAGACAAAAUCAAAGGCAGCUGCAAUUAAAAGAGAAAUGCAGAAAACUGGUGGAGGUUCUAAUGAUGCACCCCCAUUAUCCAUCUUGGAGAACAAACUUCUGGCAAUAAUGGGAACAAAGUCGGUUUUUGGCGAUGAAGAGGUUCCUGAAAUCGGUUUUGGCAAUCACGACAAUGAUGGAAUGCAAAAAAAAGUAUUUGGGUGCAAGACUGAGUCUGGGCCAGCAGUCGAAUUGAGAAACAAAACCCCAAUAAAUACUUCUGAUAGCAUUCCAGUCACCCAAAAUAAGCCCCAAAACCAAGUUCAUGAUUAUGGACAAGGGAGUGGCAAAGAAAAUGAUUGCAUUGAAGAUAAUGAAGAUGGCGAUGCAGAGCAGAGGACUGUUAAAAAAACAAAACUUGUCUCUCCUACAAAAUCUAUUAGACGAAGACCCCAGCAAACCCUUCAUCUAUCGAGUGAACUAAUACAGUUGAAUAGAGAAACUGUGGAGAUGUUUAAAAUCCUAAAUGCAAAUACUGAAAGUAUUGCAAAUAAUACUGAGAGAAUAGUAAGCAAUACCCAAAGUAUUGCAUCUUCUCUAAAUAUAAUUGCAAAUGUUUUGCAGAAAUAA